AUGGCAGGCGUCCGCAUCUACCGACGCCGGCGCUACCACUGGCCCGAACUCCAGCUCAACAUCUGGUUAAUCAUCGUCUUAUCCGCCAACGCCAUCUGUCUAGGGAUCUUCGCCUGGUUCAUGUCCGUCCAGAACGAGCUCCAUCUGAAUAUCCCAUGGCUCUUCCCCUACAUGACCGUCACCGCCGCCCUCGGCCUCUUCUUCAUCAUCCUAAUCUACGUCCUCACGGCCCAACGCUUCCUCCUCCCGGGCAUCAUCCUCGUGGGCAGCUUCAUCCUCUUCGCCCUGUGGCUGACCGGCUUGAUCGAGACGAGCCUGCAGAUGUACGGCGUCGUCGCCAACGUCGACAGCAACUGCCGGAAUUUCAUCCUGGUGAAAAACCACCCCACCGGCGAUAAUCUCCAGACCUUGGCGUGGUUGACUGAGAGUACGAUCUGUAAUUGCUGGAGAACGGCGUUUGCGUUCGAAUUGAUUAAUACCAUCUUCUAUGCGUGGAUGAUGAUCAUGUCGUGGCAGGUGCAUCGGGAUAUUUAUCGAUGA